AUGAGCUCUGAUACGUCUCCAAAGCCGACAGAAGGUAAUUCUAAUCAAAAUUUUCUUUGGCCUCAAUACAGCUCUGGGUUUUUUCCCAAUUUUACACACAGCGCCUUCAAGCCACAUUGUUGGCGUCUACUCCCUAGGCUGCUAUCAGGCGCAGGGAUCGACGCGGGAAAAUAUAUGUUUUCCUACCUUAGUUCGGCCUCCCUCCACUUUGAGUAAAGGAAUUAGUUUUCAGUCUAAUCAUUCCGUUUUUUGUGAACGUUCACUUUCCGAACAAAUUCCCCCCCCCCCCCACAGUUCCUUGAAAGCCAUUACUAAUGCCGCAUCUUCACUUCCGCCUAUGCCUUUUAUCGCAGUGCUGCUUCAGCGCAAUAAUUUGUUGGCUCGCAAUAAUUAUAUCGACUUAAACCGAUGUCAGUGUACCAGGGAGUUAUUGUGACUGUGGCCCCGGUCCAAAUCCUGCGUCUUGCCUGAAUUUGUAUUUAACGUUCAUACUAUUCUCCACAAGGAAUACAUGCAUACUUACCAAGCCGUCUUAAUAAGCGCCUUUAAAACCUUCGGACUGCCGCAUCUUAAUAGAAGGAAAUUACUCGGAAGACAGCAUUUUCAAAAACUCGAGCCUUCAAAUAGGUGACCUGGAAAACGAAUUUUGUAUCAGUUCGGCAGCGUCUUAAAGCGUGUAUAGGCAAACGUACCAAGGCAUAUAUGCUAUAUAGAUGGGAGAGGUUUAUCAGCUAGCCAUUCUUAUUGCGACUUUUGUGCUAUUACCGCCGCCGAAAUAUGCGGUACCUGACCCUUGCUUCGUAUUUUAAAUCCCACUUUUUUUGAAAAUACCCAUCUAUCAACUUAAACAUAAAGAAAACGCACAAUGCGGGUCGGUUGCGUCUGCGCUGCGCUCAUUCCGUCGGAAACGAACGAAUCGACCUGAUGUAGACACGGCUACCAAUUUUCAAAAAGCCCUGCGUCCACGUCAGUUAACUAGCAAAGUAAAGGCCCUUGGCAUGCACGGAUCAGCGCGUUACUCUUAUUCCAAAAGUCAUUCGCGUAGACAAAUUCUUAAACGCGACGUAAGUCCUCCAUCCCGUAUUUUGUAGUGUCUUUUAGCCGAAACCGCUUUCCGCACCUACUGCUUUUAUACGACUCGAGACGCGCACUUUCCAUAAGGUAAGUUUUCGUGAAUUACUUCUGCUGACCUCUUUUCGGUUCGUCUAGGGCUUGUGGUUACACGUGGGGGACAUAGUAUCCCUUGAUGAUGUGGAAGGUGGUACGUACUACGCACAGUUAAGAGGUUGUUUGUCAAUUUUCUGAUCGCCUAUCUCUUAUUUACUCCAGGCAUUUUGAUAGAUCGUUCAGAAGACGUAUAUGUCGUCCUUACUUGGCUUGUGCCAACAACAGAGGCCUGCGGAACUACUUUUGAUCCCACAACCUACGUCAUUGGUUAGUUUCCACCAUCUCAUCUUAGUCUGAUCUCCUGUUUAGGUAUGGAGGAGGAUAUUCCCAGACAUAUUGACUGCUGUAGUUUCGUGUCUCGUUGCCCUUCUGACUAUUUCAAGCCUAUGAGCAGCCCGUACACCAUUCAGUUUUGGAAUGACCCGGCAAUGUCAUUAUCAAAAUAGGAAUCUGCUGGUUGCCCGUCUUUCGUGAACUACAGAUGCACUUUGUACAUAAAUAAGGUAUUUUGUAUUUUUGAAAACAAAGUUUACUUAAUGUCCUCGAAGUUACCGCCUCCAUUGUUAACGCAACUAUCCACCAUGGCAGUUUUUUCGGCGCGGGUGCGACUGAUGAUAAAAAAGAAUUUUUUCAAACUCGUCCUCCAGCUGGUAGCCCCCAUGCUAAUUAAUAAAGCCCGGGCUGUCUUUCGUGGCUGCACGUUGUGCCGGAAGCGUUAUUAGAAGGGUGGGAUAUAUGACCCGUCAAAACAAGUUGGGGAGGCAACCUACGAAGGUUUUCCAUCAAGUUCGAAAUGACACCGCGUUGCUGAUACGGGUUGUCGGGAGAUGUCAAGCCUUGGAUUGUAUAGCACUAAGCGUUUUUUGAAUUAUUUCCUAUUAUCCUAACGGGCCCGAGCUUUCGGUAGGCCGACACCUUGUAUUAAAAUCUAUUUACGUUGGCGCGGCAAUCAGUCAAACGAAAUAAUAUCCCCGAGGAGUUGACUCGAAGUGAUGGUCACUUCUUCAAGCACACUGCUAAGCUCCGUCUUGCUUUGUAUUUAUACCAAGGGCUGAAACGUGACUUGUGACACACACACUUCAAAAGCUCGCGAGAAUUAAGCAUUACUCCUCUGUUAUCCAUUCAACAACCCCGACCUUGCCCUUGUUAGCAUUGGCAAAUCCAUUAAAGUUUCUCUGUAACUCUAAGUUCGGGUAUGGGCGGGACACAGAAGGAUUGCGCAGGCUACAAUGAAGGACUAAAGGCGGGCGACCUACAGGAAGCGCUACGUGCCUUGCCUAUCACAAUACCGCCUCGGCAAACUGAGCAUGCCAAGUAGGUGGUGCCUAUUCGUCUAGGUAUGCGAUCUUUCCCACGCGAAGAUUUCCAUAAGCACCGGCAGGGUUUUCAUAGUUGUUGUGUGGUUCUGCAUGCAGGGUAGCUGUGCCGCAAAAGGUCUCAUAGCCUAUUUACCAAAUCAUACAACCGUUUUUAAUGAGCACGGUCGAAACGGCCGAAGUUUGGGAGGACCGACGGCAUGCCAUAGUUGAGGACUGUGUAUCUGAAAGUGAAAACUAAGUCACCACGGCGGCAGACUACCACUGAAGACUUAACUGACGCCGCUUUCUCAAAAUCACUCAAUAGACAGUGCGCCUUCUGUGACCCACAAACUUUGACCGCAGUUUAUAAAGGUGCGGGUUGGGUGACCAUCAUUUCAUCGUUACGGUUCAGCCUAGAUAAUUGCGUCCACUAGAGGAAAGGUAACUAUAAAAGUCUAAACAUGAGUCAAGGGAGAGGAGCCGUGGCCUUCCACGUAGGUUGAUCAUUUGCAGAUGUAACACAUGUCAGUCAUCCGCGCAAGUUUUCAAUGCAAAACUGGGGCAAAAUCAUCAGACCAUUUUAAAAAAAUCCAGAACUAGGUAGAAGGCUAACAGGCACCGCCAUUAAGCUGUUGGCCGUAAGUGGUAACAUAGGCUACAUACAAAUGUACUCGUAUCUUGGAGCGAAUAUUAGAAUUAGAACCGCAUCAUACGUAGGUGCGCCCUUGGAACACAGUGCAGUAAAGGCUUUUCCUUCCCAAAAUCCCUUUUACCAGGGUUAG